CUCAAUGCCACUCCCUUGUUUGAAGCAGCAUAAGAAGGCCUACAAGGUCAAUCUGAUGAAAGCUCUUCCUGUCUUCCACCCCUGCGAUGCGGCACACACCCUUUAGAAAUCCCACUCCUCUCCUGCCAAACCACGAGCCUUACCACUCUCCCCUUUGUGAAACUCAACCCCUUCCACAAAACAAAUGAUGGAGGUCUCUCUCACAUCCCUCAUCACCACGGUCCUGACCCUCACUCUCGCAUCAACCGUCGUCGCCCUCCCUCUCCCCGAAUUCCUUCCCUGGGCGCUUGUGGAUACCGUCUUGCCGGGCUCGGGGAUCCCCAAAGCCGUGGGAAAGCUGGGGACAGGGUUUCAGUGAUGGUCUGUAGCCCUAAGGGCCAAGAAACGCGAGGGAAACGGCGAGGGCAACCUUACAGUUGGCCCACAGGCAAUUCAUAUCGAUGUGGAGGAUGUA